AUGGAGUCGUCAAAUGGAAGCACACCUCAACCAGAGGGGUCUAAUGGGACUCUAAAACCUCCAGAGGGCAUGGUUCUUCCUCCCAAGGAAAAUCGAAAAAUCCUUGAGACCACAGCCAGCUUUGUCGUUCGCCAUCCACCUAGCUUUGAAGACCGUAUCCGCGAAAAGGAAGUGAAAAACCCCAAAUUCUCCUUCCUGGUCUCUGGAGAUGCCUAUGAGCCCUACUAUGAAUGGUACAAAAUCGAGUACGCAGCAGGCCGAGUAUCAGGGCGAACUGCCGACGCUGUCGCCGCCGCAGUACCUGAAAAGCCCAAGGGGCCACCUGAACCGGCCUCGUUCCAUUUCUCGGCGCGCAUGCCUAUUAUCAAUGCACAGGAUCUGGAUGUGGUGAAACACACAGCGUUAUUUGUCGCAAAGCGAGGCAAGUCAUUCAUGACUGCGCUGUCGCAACGCGAAGCCAGAAAUUUCCAAUUCGACUUCUUACGGCCACAACAUAGUCUCUACCAAUUCUUCACACGCUUGGUCGACCAAUACACUAUCUUGCUUCGCGCUGAGGGAAUCGACGAGGCGACUUCAUCCGAGAAAAGAAUCGCAGAAUUGGAACAAAAUGCAAAGAACAAAUUCCACGUCAUGGAGCGUGCUAAGCAGCGGGCAGAAUGGGUGAAAUACCAACGACAACAGAAACAAGAGAAGGAAGAGCAAAGUGAACAGGAGCGCAUUGAGUACGCCCAAAUCGACUGGCACGACUUCGUCGUGGUCGAAACCGUCGAGUUCACCGAGCACGACGACCACGCAGAGUUGCCACCCCCAACCUCCGCCAAUGACCUGCAGUCCGCCUCGCUCGAGCAAAGAGCAGCACUUUCCCUCGGCAGACGACGCAUCGAGGAAGCGAUGCCGACCGGCCUCGACGAACCCGUCUACUACAAUGCCUACCCAGUCCACCCCGCACCCAUGCACGCCCCCCAACCCCCAGUCUCGCCCUACCCAGCAGGCUCCUACCCCGCAGCAGGCCAGUACACCAACCCGGAAGAGGACCAGCGCAUCCGCGAACGGACACAAGCGCGCGACCAAGCGGCCGCCGCCCAGGCAGCAGCCCAAGCCGAUCCAAGCCAACAGCCAAUGCGCAUCCGCUCAGACUACGUUCCCCGAGCCCAGGCCCGCCGUCAACAAGCCCAGAUGGCGAUCUGCCCUUACUGCAACCAGAAAGUGCCUUCCAACGAGCUGGACGAGCACAUCCGUAUCGAGCUGCUCGAUCCCCGCUGGAAAGAACAGCGUGCGAAGGCCGAAGCUCGCAGUGCCACCACCAACCUCUCCACCGUCGACGUGGUCAACAACCUCAAGCGUCUUGCAAGCCAGCGCAGCGAUGUCUUCGAUCCUUCCCCCCUCGAAUCGGAGGAGGAAACUCGCCGCAAGCGACUGGCUAUGGGUAUCGAUGGCUCGGCUGGCCCCCAACACCCGAACGCUGCCGUACAGAAUCCCAACCCUCAGAGUUUGAACAUCGAAGACCAGCUCAGACAUAUUCAUCAGCUUGCCAAGAAAUGA